AUGAAAAUGAUCUCACGAGAACUUUUCUUUUUCUCUCUCCCCUCUUCUCCCUUCCUUUUUGUGCUAUCUACUUCUCAGCAACAGCCUGUUAAACAGUCUUUGAGUGCUUCCAUGUGCAGAGACUCCCACUGGAAAUGUCUCCUUCUCUCCAUUCUUAUGUACAGCUGCCUGGGGGCUGUAGCUUGGUGCCAGCUCACACAAGUUACCAAGCUCAGUUUUGAUAGUUCUUUUAAAGGCAAGUCCAUGAUAUAUCAUGAUAGCCCCUGCUCUGAUGGCUAUGUCUAUAUUCCAUUAGCAUUUCUCACCAUGUUGUAUGUGGUUUACUUGGUUGAGUGUUGGCAUUGCCGGGCCAAAAGUGAACUCCAGUACAAGGCUGAUGUGGAAAGUGUCUAUGACCGAAUUGCCCGAAUGAAGCAGGCUAAGCCAUGCAUAUGGUGGAAGGCCAUCAGCUAUCACUUUGUCCGACGAACCAGGCAGGUGACUCGGUACCGCAAUGGUGAUGCUUAUACAACUACCCAGGUCUACCAUGAAAGAGUCAACACGCAUGUGGCUGAAGCUGAGUUCAAUUAUUCCCAUUGUGGAUUCAAGGACAUCUCCAAGGAACUCAUGGGCUUGGAGUGGUAUUCAGCCACAAGACUGAAAUUCACCAAGUGUUUCAGCUUUGCCAACACAGAGUCUGAGAACUCAUAUCUAACACAGCGGGCUCAUUUCUUCACAGAGAUCGAAGGGCUGGAUGACUACAUGGAGGUCAGAGAAGGCAUGCAACUAAAAAAUAUUGACUUCAAAGAGAUCAUGAUGGCCUAUGGGGACCCAGAGCAUCUCCCAUGGUACGUGUCCCACUAUGCAUUCUGGGUGGCUGCUGUGAUGAUGCUUUCCUGGCCACUGAGAGUUUUCAUAGAGUAUCGGACUGCCUGUGUGCACUACCAUGUGGAAAAGCUCCUUGGGGUGGAGUACAGAGUGCCAGCUGUGGCAGAGGAGCCCUUGUACAGAUAUCGGAUCCCCAGGGUCAGCACUCAGGACAGCACUGAGCUCGAGUGGCACAUCUGCACAAACCGCCAGCUGAUCCCCAGCUACUCAGAGGCCAUGCUCUUGGACUUGACAAAUCCUCCCACAUGCCGUGGCUACUCCAGAUACAGUGAGGUCACUCAUGGCUGCGAGCACUGCCUUCAUGCCUCCAGUACCUCUUCCAUCUUCUCUCGCCAUGCCUUUCACAGCUGCAGUGGAAACUCACAGCUCUCUCUUAACACCAGCCACUUCUCCUUGUGCCGGAUUCAUGGCUCUCACAGGACAGGACUAGGGAGAAGUCACAGCAGCAGCAUUGCUGACCGUGGCUGCCAGGAUGACCAGUGGUGCUCCCACUCAAGCCAACUGGCCAUCAAUGAAAACCCACCCACUUACCACGAUGCUCGUUUUUUCCCGGUGCUAAUUGUGCAUAGGCCUGAAAGGCAGGAAAGGAGGCAGUUCUACCUCCGUCGUGCAUCCUGCCUGGAGACUUCACUGUGA